CGCACCUCAGGGCUGACAGCACACACGGCCUGGGGAACUAGAGAGGGGUUGCUGAUCACCCGCCGCCCAGAGCCGGGGCCAGGCGCCAUCCGGCGGCGAGCUCCCGAGAAGGGACUCCCCCUCACCACCCACCCACCCCCACCUCUGAGAUCGCCUGGCGAACGCGAGCUGCCGCCUCCUUUCCGGCCCCGCUGCACCUCCCCGGGAAGCCGAGGGCGGGCGUGGACCGGACCGACGUGGAACACAUUCUGUAGCCCAGACUGGCGGUCCCUGCGGCUUCGGGCGUGGGGACACGCCCAGCUGGAGAGGCGGUCAGGGCCGACCACGCGGGAGCCGCGGGGCUCUGACGGUCCCAGUCGGAGCGCAGCCGAUCCUGGGGAGGCAAGAGGUGAAUCGACCUGGACCCUUCGACAGCCCGGCUGCUAGGCCAGCAGUGCGACUCCCUUCCGAGCUGAGCUUGCCCUGCGCGCAAACAAGCGAGGCUGGGGCGCCAGUGGAAGCGGGAGUUCCGGGGUGGGCGGGGAGGCGGCUGUCCGUGGUGCUGAGCGCCGGCGACAGCGGGCGCGGAGCGGCUGAUCAGCUCCCUCGAAUUGGGGAGGUCCGCUGGGGUGGCUUCGGGCCCAGAGCCGCCGCCUGGCUCCAAAAGCCCCCAGGGCCUCCCCAGGCACCGGUGCUCGGCCCUUCCUUUGGUCAGAAAGUCGCCCCCUGGGGGCAGUUCGUCCCAAAGGGUUUCCUCGAAAGAAUCUGAGAGGGCGCAGUCCUUGACCGAAGGAAUCUCUCUGUGUAGCCUCGGAAGCCGCCAGCCCCAGAAGAUGCCUGCCUUCAACAGAUUGUUUCCCCUGGCUUCUCUCGUGCUCGUCUACUGGGUCAGCGUCUGCUUCCCCGUGUGUGUGGAAGUGCCCUCGGAGACGGAGGCCGUGCAGGGCAACCCCAUGAAGCUGCGCUGCAUCUCCUGCAUGAAGAGAGAGGAGGUGGAGGCCACCACGGUGGUGGAAUGGUUCUACAGGCCCGAGGGCGGUAAAGAUUUCCUUAUCUAUGAGUAUCGGAACGGCCACCAGGAGGUGGAGAGCCCCUUUCAGGGGCGUCUGCAGUGGAAUGGAAGCAAGGACCUGCAGGAUGUGUCCAUCACUGUGCUCAACGUCACUCUGAAUGACUCUGGCCUCUACACCUGCAAUGUGUCCCGGGAGUUUGAGUUUGAGGCGCAUCGGCCCUUUGUGAAGACGACGCGGCUGAUCCCCCUAAGAGUCACCGAGGAGGCUGGAGAGGACUUCACCUCUGUGGUCUCAGAAAUCAUGAUGUACAUCCUUCUGGUCUUCCUCACCUUGUGGCUGCUCAUCGAGAUGAUAUAUUGCUACAGAAAGGUCUCAAAGGCUGAAGAGGCAGCCCAAGAAAACGCGUCUGACUACCUUGCCAUCCCAUCCGAAAACAAGGAGAACUCUGCGGUACCAGUGGAGGAAUAGAACAGGAGUGGUGUGACAUGAGGUGGCCUGAACACCUGAGGGACUGGACAUCCCGUGUUCAGCAAUGUCAACAGCAUCAGGAGGGUGCCCCAAGGGCCUCAUCGCUUUCCUUCAUGCAUCCAUCCUUCUAUUCAUUCAUCCAUACAUCCACCUGCCUCUGAGUUUUCACCUCUGAUUUCAUAACGCCAUCAGACCCCUAUGCACCAUAAGACUUUGCCAGAACCGAGAAGCCAACAUUUCUUCAGAGACUCAACCUCACCCUGUCGUAGUUUUAAAGCAAGACACUCCAAAGCCAACUGGAUUUCCCCCCGUGCUCCAAAUGACUGUACAAGUGCCCUCUGCCCUUAACUGGCUGGAACUGGUUCAUUCUCCAUUACUGUAAGAGAAUGGAUGUCUUAAUAGAAGGAAGCAGGUGUGAUUAGUUCAUGUUAAAGCAAAAGUAUGUCGUGAACUUGGAUUCCUUGAAGUCAGUUUUUCCAAGUUCAUGGCCCACUUUGCUACAGCAUCAGAGUGAAGCAUGCCUCUCUAGGUUCUCCAGUGACAGAUCCUAAAGCAUGGACUAGCAUGCUCUCUGGAGCUCAGCACUCCAGGGCUAGAUCCUGAUGGGUCUCUAAGGUCCCUCCAAGAAGACAAGGAGGCUUGGGAAGGACCAAUGGUAAUUUAAGUGGCUCUUAAAAAGUCAUGCAACAUGAACGCAUUCCUGAUCCUAUUGCGAUAAUAUACGUAUGCCCUCCCUAUAAGCACACCACCUGGGCAUUAGGACGGAAAUUCCUAAGGUCUUCCUCUCAAAAUCUCUGUGCAUCAGUGUUAUUCCUUUUACAUACAGGAGGCAACUAAGACUCCUACAGGACUCAAUUGAGUAAGAGGCUUAAGAGGAUAAACUGGAGCAGAAAUAAGCCUUAGGUGCUGCCCAGUUUACACUUCCUGGGAUGAUUAUUUUUGCGGGGAGGGGACAGAGUCUUGCCCUGUAACCUAGGCUAGAGUGCAGUGGUGUGAUCUGGGCUCACUGCCACCUCUGCCUCUUGGGUUCAAGUGAUUCUUGUGCCUCAGCCUCUCAAGUAGCUGGGAUUACAGGCACACACCACCACGCCUGGCUAAAUUUUGUAUUUUUGGUACAGACGGGGUUUCACAACAUUGGCCAGGCUGGUCUCAAACUCCUGACCUCAAAUGACCCACCCACCUCAACCUCUCAAAGUGCUGGGAUUGCAGGCAUGAGCCACUGCACCCAGUGCAUAACUUUGUUUUUGAAGACUCUGACAUUGAACUUGUCUAUGGCAAUGCUUCUUUCACAAGCACAAACUGGGCUGAGGUCAACUCUGGUAGAUUGAGGUUACUAGAAAUUGGCCAAAAAAGCAGAGAGAAGAACAUGAGAUAGACUUAAAGAACUUCCUUCAUGUAAAGAUUUGUGAGUCUGAAAUAUUCUCCAGAAGGAGAGUGCACCUGAGAAUGAUAUUUAAACUAAGAAAAAUGUUUAGUCUGAGACGGAAGAUAAGCGAAUGAGUGAUGUGAGAGGCAGGGAUGGGUAGGUGGCUUCCAAAUACUUCAACUAUGAAUGCAUAAUUUUCAGAUAUUUUUCCUCUAGAUUUUGAGGGAGCAGAGAAACUGGAAAAAAAUUUAGUCAGUAUCUCAUGUUUCAUUUUAAUGGAGUGACAGGUCCAAGGAUGACAUCCUUCAGCACCUAGGGACAAGAGAGGGGAAAGAUGCUUUACGGAAUGUAAGAAGAUGAAGAUGACUGGGAUUCAGUGAGAGGUCCUUCAGACCUGGGACCUCCCUUAGUAGGGGAAGACCAUAUUCCAUUAGUUUAGGGCUUUACCUUAAAAGCUCAUUUUUUCCCCAUUCUUCCAUCCCUAGGAAAGUACUUAAAACUAGCCUUUUUUUUUUUUUUUUUCUUUUUUUUUAGACAGAGUCUCACUCUGUCUCCCAGGCUAGAGUGCAGUGGCACAAUCUCAGCUCACUGCAGCCUCAACUUCCCCAGGUUUAAGCAACCCUCCCACCUCAGCCCCCCCAGGUAACUGGGACUACAGGCAUACACCACCACACUUGGCUAAUUUUUGUAUUUUUUAUAGAGAUGGGGGUCUUGCCAUGUUGCCCAGGCUGAUCUUGAACUCCUGGGCUCAAGCAAUCCACCAGCCUCAGCCUCCCAAAGUGCUGGGAUUACAGACAUAAGCCACUGUGCCCAGCCCAAAACCAGACCCUUAACACUAAUGUGAGAGUCUGAUUUUGUUGAAGAAAAUAUUUGCAAUAAAUUCAAGCCUCUUAUUGGUAAUUUUCCACACCAUCCCUCCGAAAUAAGGGAGAGAAUAUAGGCCGGUUUUUAACUAUAGUUAGGAAAAUUGACCUGAGUUAGUGUGAGUUUUUUCCAGUCCCAUAGCUCACAGAUACCACAGCUUGCAGUACCGGCAAGAUGCUUACCACCACUCCAUUUUCUUCUGUGGUCCAAUAGCUUAUGUAUCUACGUUUAAACAGGCAGUAUGCAUGAUUGCCUUUUUCUCUUCUUUUUAAAAAACCCAACUCGGAUGCUGCUUGCGUGAACUUUAAUGAAGCUGAAUGGUACCUAUCACUUAUUUAUCCUUGACAGGUUAUCUUCCCUACUCUUCCUUUUCCUAACUUCUCUGCUCUUCUCAUUCUUGACAAUUUCAUUAGAAUUAUAUAGUUUACAAAGUAUUCACUUAUUUUAUUUCUUCUCUAUAACUGGUCCUGUGAAGUCAAUAUUAUCAAUACUUACAUUACAAAAGAAGAAACUGAUGCUCUCUGAGUUUAAGUAGCUUUACUAAAUUAUAAGGAAACCUAACUGGUAGGUAGACAGCAAGAAUCCAGAUCUUCUGACUCCUUUUUCAGUUCUCCUUCCAGUUAGACCAUAGCUUUCCUUUUCUUAUUUUUUAGCUCCCAUCUCACCAUUGCCUAUCUUGCCUGUCCUAAUGUUCUCCAUCUUCUCUCACCCUCACCCCACUCAUUGCUUCUCUACCACUUUGCUUUUUGGUGGAUGCUAGCAAUGUGUUUUGAGAGUCAGUCUUUGGUUCUCUUUCUAGUUGGUUUGUACAUCAUUUCUCCUGAAUUGCAAUUAAACUCCCUCCUGGGAGACUUGAUCAUGACUAUAAAUCUACAAGGUACUGUGAUCACCAGCCUACUUCCAAUCUCCACCCACCUCCCCGUCUCUUCCCGUAAUCCUACAAAAGACCCAGACUAGAUAUGUGUUUCUCUGGAAGCUUUAUCUGGCAUGGUGUUGCUUGUUAAAGGGCUUAGAAGAGUUCUCAAGGGCUAUUAUUACCACUUUAGAAACCCCAUCUGUUGUCUUGGUGCUGGAUAUUUCCCAUGAUUCAUCCUCAGUAACACAAUUCACUAAAGGCCAAGAUUGGCUCAGUCCGAUUUUCCCUUUCUUACUGCUUCACAGCCAUGAAUGUGAUUGCUCGAUCCAGUUGGCCCUGAGAGCACCUUUCCCUGCUGACCCUCACUGUCACCUCAUUCUUGUAUCAGAGCCCCAACCCCAAACACUCCGUGCCUGUCCCUACCCCAGCCUUUAUUCUCACCCUUUGUUUAACAGCAAGCUCCUUUAGUUUCUCCAUUCCCAAACACCCAAACACCCAGACUCCCUUCCGAGUUUCAGGUUUCUCCUUAGAUAUCCAACUAGAAAUAUUACUAGGAAAGUUACUUUUCAAAGCAAGAAUAUGCUGUGAAGUGUGUAGAGCAGUGCAUGGUUAAGAGACAGCAGCUUCCCCCUCUCCUCCCAAAAUUACUGGAUCAAGAAAGAAAUUCUACCCAUCUCAGAGGGAAAAGGCUGUGCAAUUGCAUCUUUGUAGGAAGAAGGAGAAGCAAGAGCUAGACACACUUCAGAAUAUAUCUUAGUUUCCCCUUUCCCAGUUUAACAUGAAAAUG